CUGUCCUGCUCUCUCUGCAACCCUCCUCUCCACAGGCAGGGUUGAGAGCAAGAAGGUGCAGAAUGUAGGCCUGCAGAAUUGUCAGACCUGGUGGCGGCUUCUGCCACUGGAAGAAUUUCCAACAUGAAACAGAUGAUCAGUUUGGGACAAUAGAUUCUGCAACCAGAGGUAGCGUCAUUUGGUUACUUUUAAAAUUCGGAUUGUCUGGUGUUUUCCAAUCACUAGCGACUGUGAUUAGAAGCUGGGUUCUGAGAUAAUGCAAUCACUGUCGCUCUAGUUUAUAAAGCUGUCCAAGAUCUUCCCAGUCCCAGAUGUCCUGGGUCCUCAGGGCCGCUGUGGUCUGCGCCCUUCUCCUGCAGCAGGAUGCCAGCCCAUCCCUUUGGGUGAGAGGUCGGGGUCUCAUUGCGCUCCUCCUCCCAGGUUCACACUCGCUUAGGUAUUUCUACACCGCUGUGUCCCGGCCUGGCCUUGGGGAGCCCUGGUUCAUAAUCGUCGGCUAUGUGGACGACAUGCAGGUCCUGCGCUUCAGCAGCAAGGAGGAGACUCCAAGGAUGGCACCCUGGCUGGAGCAGGAGGAAGCAGAUGACUGGAAGCAGCAGACUCGUAUAGUCACAAUUCAAGGACAGCUCUCUGAAAGGAAUCUGAUGACCCUGGUUCAUUUUUACAACAAGAGCGUGGAUGACUCUCACACACUACAGUGGCUGCAAGGCUGCGAUGUGGAGCCAGAUCGGCGCCUGUGUCUCUGGUACAACCAGCUCGCCUAUGAUAGCGAGGAUCUCCCCACCCUGAACGAAAACCCAAGUUCCUGUACAGUGGGAAACAGCACUGUACCUCACAUCUCUCAGCACCUGAAGAGCCACUGCUCAGAUCUGCUGCAGAAAUACCUGGAAAAAGGGAAGGAGAGGCUGCUGCGUUCAGACCCCCCAAAGACACAUGUGACCCAUCAUCCCAGACCUGAAGAUGAAGUCACCCUGAGGUGCUGGGCCCUGGGCUUCUACCCUGCUGACAUCACCCUGACCUGGCAGAAGGAUGGGGAGGAGCUGAUCCAAGAAAUGGAGUUUGUGGAGACCAGGCCUGCAGGGGAUGGAACCUUCCAGAAGUGGGCAACUGUGGUGGUGCCUCUUGGGGAAGAGCAGAAUUACACAUGCCAUGUGCACCAUGAGGGGCUGCCUGAGCCCCUCACCCUGAGAUGGGAGCCUGCAUGGUACCAAAAGCCUUGGAUUUGGAUUGUUGCCAUGGUUUUUUCCAUUUUGCUCAUUUGUCUCUGUGUGGCUUGCAUAUGCAUGAAGAAGAAUGCAGGUGGGAGAGGAAGGCCUGACACCCAGGAAGCAGGCAAAGACAGUCCCCAAGACUCUAGCAAGCUUGUCCAGGAUGAUGAGGAGAUGGGGGUUCCCUUUUGGAAGAUUGGGUACUAUAAGACUCAUCUAGGCCACUCCCCUGGAACUUCAGUUGGCUUGUCUUUACUGUCACCUUGACUGGAAUUAGGAUGAUCUGUGAGAUGCCCCUUUGAGUGACUGGGCUGUGAGGCCAGCAGGUCAGUUCUUGCCACCCUGGACAGAAACACAUCUCACCUUUCUGGCUCGAAGAUCUGACCACCUGUCUCUUCCCUACUUGGCUUCUAGUCAGGCAUUUUGUCAGAGUAUCAAGGGUCCCAGGGACACAAAGCUCCCUCCUCUCACCCACAGCACUCUGGGUACUACCCACAAUGUUUCAGGGACAUUUAAUCAGGUCAAAUUGGGAUCAAUGGCUUUGAUGCAGAAAAGAACUGUGGACUAGUAGAGAUAGGCUGUAAUUAAAAAAAAAAUCUUUUUAAUUUUAA